GAGUCCAAGUUUGAAUGACUCCGAUCAAACAGAGGCGAUCAUUUCAAAUUCAUAGAUUGGCUUUUAUACGGCUGCGCUCCGCUGCCGACAACGGCGACUGAACCGAACCGAAGAGAAAUCUGAGAGAAACCAGAGAGCGGUGGCUGGCUGGUCGGGGACACGACAUCAGGGAAAGAGAGGGAAGCAAUGGAAGGGGUGGGGGGCGGCAUGACAGUUUCGGCAGGGGUAUAGAGAUCAAAGGGCGAAGUGUGACCAGUACUAACCAAGAACAUGCCCGAUUCAUCCAUAGCGCUUUCACACUACUAGUGCUGGCUCGACGUCAGAUGCUGUACGGCAGUGCAGUAAGAGGAGCUUGGACUGACGAGGCUGCUCAGACCGCCGUUUUACUCACUCUCACUCUGACUUGGUCACGCUGGAUCUCCCCCUCUCUCACCCCCUUCAAUCUCUGCCUUUGUCUUCCAGUAAAUGGAUUUCUUCAAGCCCUGCCCUGCCUAACAUGGAUGCCCCGCCACCACCACCACCUCAACCAUCAUCUUCCUCAGCUGAGUCCGAGGGCUGUUUCUUCUUGGCGCAGUGAGCUGGACACGCAGUGAUUCUUUUGCCAAAUGGAUGUGGGAAAAUCGUUUCUCAGCCCGCCGGUGAUGAUCAUGCCGUGAUCUUUCAGCUGCCUGAAUUCACGUUAAAAGGAGUGAAGAAAAAACCUGGGGAGUAUACCGAUUCAGGGAAUAAAAAAAAAUAAAAAAUCGUGUGCACCACACAAGCACCAUGAAGAUUACCUCCCUGCAGAUAUUUAAGGCGAGAUUCAGGUGCAUCGUCAGGCUUCUGCUGCUAUUACCCAGUGUGGGAUACUCUCAUGGGAUGCCACACGUCUUGAGAUUUGGGGGGAUAUUUGAGUCCAUUGAAAGUGGCCCAUCUGGUGCUGAGGAACUAGCCUUUAAAUUUGCUUUAAACACAAUCAACAGGAACAGAACCCUACUGCCAAACACCACACUGACCUACGACAUCCAAAGGAUAAACAUCUAUGACAGCUUUGAAGCCUCCAGAAAAGCUUGUGACCAGCUUUCUCUUGGGGUGGCAGCUAUAUUUGGUCCCUCACACAGUUCCUCUGCCAAUGCGGUCCAGUCCAUUUGCAAUGCCCUGGGGGUCCCACACAUCCAGACCAAGUGGAAGCACCAGGUGUCAGACAACAGAGAUGUGUUCUACGUAAGCCUCUAUCCAGACUUCUCCUCCCUGAGCCGGGCCAUCCUGGACCUGGUCCACUUCUUCAAGUGGAAGACGGUCACUGUGGUUUAUGAUGACAGCACUGGUCUGAUUCGAUUGCAAGAACUUAUAAAGGCGCCAUCUCGGUACAACAUCCGUUUAAAGAUCCGGCAGCUGCCCUCAGAAACCAAGGAUGCCAAACCCCUGUUAAAGGAGAUGAAAAGGGGCAAGGAGUUUCACAUCAUCUUUGACUGUGGCCACGAAAUGGCUGCUGGGAUCCUGAAGCAGGCUCUUGCCAUGGGGAUGAUGACAGAGUAUUAUCACUACAUCUUCACCACACUGGACCUGUUUGCACUGGAUGUGGAGCCUUACCGAUACAGUGGUGUGAACAUGACGGGCUUCAGGAUUCUCAACACUGAGAACAGCCAAGUUGCCUCCAUCAUCGAGAAAUGGUCCAUGGAGCGACUGCAGGCUCCACCAAAACCUGACUCUGGUCUACUGGACGGCUUCAUGACCACGGACGCUGCACUGAUGUAUGAUGCUGUGCACGUGGUGGCCGUGGCUGUGCAGCAGUCUCAGCAGAUCACUGUCAGCUCAUUACAGUGCAACAGACACAAACCCUGGCGCUUCGGGAAUCGCUUCAUGGCCCUGAUCAAGGAGGCUCACUGGGAUGGUCUCACUGGCAGAAUCACUUUCAACAGGACCAAUGGCCUGAGAACAGAUUUUGACCUUGAUGUCAUCAGUCUGAAAGAAGAGGGGCUUGAAAAGAUUGGUACCUGGGACCCUCCAAGUGGCCUGAACAUGACGGACAACCAGAAGGGGAAGACUACAAAUGUCUCUGAUUCCUUGUCCAAUCGAUCCUUGGUCAUCUCCACCAUACUGGAAGAGCCAUAUGUGAUGUUCAAGAAGUCUGACAAACCGCUGUAUGGGAACGACCGCUUUGAGGGCUACUGCAUAGAUCUGCUGAGAGAGCUGGCCAACAUCCUGGGAUUCACUUAUGAGGUUCGCCUGGUAGAAGAUGGAAAAUAUGGUUCUCAGGAUGAGAACACAGGCCAGUGGAAUGGCAUGGUCAAGGAGCUAAUGGACCACAGAGCUGAUCUGGCAGUGGCUCCCCUUGCCAUCACAUAUGUGCGCGAGAAGGUUAUCGACUUUUCCAAGCCAUUCAUGACACUGGGUAUAAGUAUACUGUACCGCAAGCCCAACGGAACCAACCCUGGGGUCUUCUCCUUCCUCAACCCUCUCUCGCCUGAUAUCUGGAUGUAUAUUCUGCUGGCUUACUUGGGUGUCAGUUGUGUGCUGUUUGUCAUAGCCAGGUUUAGUCCCUACGAGUGGUACAACCCCCAUCCUUGCAACCCUGACUCGGAUGUAGUGGAAAACAAUUUCACCCUGCUAAAUAGUUUCUGGUUCGGAGUUGGAGCUCUCAUGCAGCAAGGAUCUGAGCUCAUGCCGAAAGCCCUGUCCACCAGAAUUGUAGGAGGAAUCUGGUGGUUUUUCACGCUCAUCAUCAUCUCCUCCUACACGGCAAACCUGGCGGCCUUCCUCACUGUUGAGAGGAUGGAGUCGCCCAUCGACUCUGCAGACGAUCUGGCCAAGCAGACGAAGAUAGAAUAUGGAGUGGUAGAGGACGGAUCCACCAUGACCUUCUUUAAGAAAACCAAGAUCUCUACGUAUGACAAGAUGUGGGAGUUCAUGAGCAGUCGGAGGCACUCAGUAAUGGUGAAGAACGUUGAGGAAGGCAUUCACCGUGUGCUCACGUCAGACUACGCAUUCCUCAUGGAGUCCACCACUAUCGAGUUUGUCACACAGCGCAACUGCAAUCUAACACAAAUUGGAGGCCUCAUUGAUUCCAAAGCCUACGGGGUUGGCACUCCAAUGGGCUCCCCAUACAGAGAUAAGAUCACUAUUGCCAUCCUACAGCUUCAGGAAGAAGGGAAGCUACACAUGAUGAAGGAGAAGUGGUGGAGAGGAAAUGGUUGUCCAGAGGAGGAGAGUAAGGAGGCCAGCGCCCUCGGGGUGCAAAAUAUUGGAGGGAUCUUCAUCGUCCUGGCAGCUGGACUUGUUCUCUCUGUGUUUGUGGCAGUGGGAGAGUUCCUCUACAAGUCCAAACAGAAUGCACAACUUGAGAAGGCCCAAUGGCGACAACGAGAUAAGAAACAGGUCUUUCUGCAGUGCCAUGGUGAACGAACUGCGGGUUUCCCUCAAGUGCCAGAGACGGCUCAAACACAAGCCCCAGCCUCCCGUCAUGGUGAAAACAGAGGAAGUCAUCAACAUGCACACCUUCAACGACCGAAGACUGCCAGGGAAAGAGACCAUGACCUAAAAUGGGAACCUCAAUCACUUUAUCACCCUCUUUCCUGUACUGAUGUAGUGUGCAAAGACACUGGGGGAAAGGGUGUGGGUAAAUGGUAAGGGGAGUGGGGGGCAGUGGGUUGUAAUGGUUGACAGUUGAGUUCAUUUGAAGAUAGAGCAGAGUUACUUAGUAGUAUAUCAGUAUAUUGAUGACUUGUUAUUUAUGUUUCCUAAUAAUUAGCUUGAGAAAUGAGAUUCAACAAUAUUUCCUGUGGAAAUAACUUGAACCUGAGUGAGAUUUCUGUGAGUUACCUCAUUACCACCUUGGCAAGGCAGCAAACUAUAGGUGCCAGAAUUUUCAGAACCCAGGUGUAGAAGAGAGAUUGUCUGGAAAUAAAUCUGAAAUGGGGCAAAAGUGGUACCUUUAAAAAAAAACAGGAAGAAGAAUUGGGCCAAUCAUCUGUAGCUUUUGCUCAGCCAGUCUUUCACUGCACAGCUCAAAACAGGAUGGUUAAGCACUAAGAGCAUGUCAGAGAAUACAAGCAUAGCAUUGCUAACUGGAUGAAUGGGGGAAAAUUAAAGGACUUUUUAAAAAUGUACAAUUGUUGUCAAUAGAAUGAUCACAUGGGCACUUGAUGAAAUUGAGCUCACACCCUGAAGAUAAUGGUGACCUCAGUGCCCCUAAAAUGUACAAAGAUGCAUUGGUUAGACACGUAUAUUGACUGACAUCAAAAAUGAGAAUACUGUAUAUCAUCCAUCAGGCAAUAAGUGAUAUAAUUUAUUUGUGUUUCAGAGUACUAACACCAUUAGUGUUUAAUAGAGGGGUGGAGACAAGUUUUAGAAGUUAAAUGGUGAAAUUUGAGUAGGGAACGCAGAAGUAGGCUCAAUAGAGUGUGUUGUGAAUGUCCAUAGAUCAGUCAAAAGUUUCAAAGAGAGGCACGAUGCUUUCAGACAGUGAGUGGCUGCCAUCAUUGCUCACUGAGACAUCUGUAUUCUCCACCUGCGUAGGAUCCUACCAUCCUGUUACAUAGGUUGCUGUUCAUCACAUUCACACAGUGUAAUCUCCUCAUACAGCUAAACAGGGUGGUUUGUAGCUUAAAAUAGAAUAAGCAAUAUGAUAAGAUAACAAAAAAAGUCAUACUGUAACUUUUUUUAAUUUGUAAACAUUGCUGGCAAAUAACCAGAUUAAUUAGUUGAAGCUGAUCUGUCCUUUCUCUUCUGGCAAAGAAUUGUGCCAUUCAGAUGACUCUGUAGCUGUAAAAUGUAUUCCCAUAUUGUUUUCUUCUCUGUAGUGUCUCUUGUUGCCAUGGUCACACAGCAAUGGCAGCGGCACAGAGUUGUCCACAAGAGCAGUAGCUGCCACAUUUACACUGCAAACAAUGGAGGCAUCUGCUCGCUGUCUGAAAGAAGAACGAACUUGGAUGAUGUGGGCAUGCUCACCAAGUAUAAAUUCACAGCAAUCAAACAACACACAAACUCUAUUUAUUCAAAAAUAUUUAUUGUUUUAUUUAUGAAACUCUUUAUUUAUAUAUCUAUGGACUGUAUUUUCACAACUUCAGUGAAUUCACCUCACCUCAACUCUGUAUGGAUACACACAGUUAUUGUUUCUGUUUGUUUCUUUAUUUUUUGCUAAGUGUCAAGUCUCCAAUUUCAUUUUGUACUUCUGUGGCUUUUUUUCUUUUUUUGGCAGCAAAGCUUCACAUUGACUUGUGCAAAUGCAAUUUCUAUGAAAAAGUGUUUUUGUACGAAGAGAAUCAAAAUUUUGUAAUGAUUUUUAUCAACACAAAACACACGAGGAGUGUCAUCCAUGGCAGAGGGGUGGUACUCCAGGCUGUAGUGAGGACACUUUCCUAGAAACUAGACAGAGCCGACAAAGACACACACCCUAGAGUGCAAGAUGCACCCAUCCUCCAUGAAGCAGGUUCACACCAAUUAGUACUCUGCUCUCCAAAACAGAUGCAGUGUAUUCUAGUAAAGCAUCAGUGAUAUGUUGUUUUGAAGAAGAGAAAAAAAUAAGCUAUUUUUUAUCAUGUAUAGGAAUCAUAUUUAAAGAAAGAUAUUUUUACUUCACAUGGAAGGAGAGUAGUAAUAAUACUGGUUAGAACAAAUGGAUACUGUACACACACAUGUAGGAAGGAAGCUUGUUGAUGAUGCUUAUCAUUUUACACCCCUUAUUGCUGAUAGAAUGCAAGAGUCCAGUGCUGAACUGUUGCGUGUAAAUGGUUUCAAAAGGAAAAUGAUGUAUUUAAAAAAAGAACACUUAACUAAUUUUGAACUUGUGAAAAUAUAAUUCAGUGCACACAGUUUACCCUUUCAAGAUGAUGCACAAGUUUAAAAAAAAAUAAAAAAAAAGUAUUCACAACUUUUUCUGUCUCUUUAUUAAAUGUUAGUGUACAAAUGAAAGAUGGCAAGAAAAUAGUGAAAUAAAGAUAGAAAUUAAAAAAUGAGUUUUGACUUCUCUUUGAGAAUUCUAACUUUAUUCUCAGAAUUCAGAAACAAAGUCAGAAUUCAAUUGUUUUAAAAUGUAAAGUGUAAAAAGUCAUUAAAAGCGCAUGUGUGGGUUAUCUUAGGGAUGGAAAGGAAGCAAGACAUUAUUCAUAAAAUCCCGUUUGGCAAGGCUGUGAAGCACACAGAUGAGCAACUGUACUGAGUUCAACCACCGUAUUGAAUAUAAUGAAUAGUUUAUAUGCAGAAAUAAAGGCUGUUUAAGCUAAUUGCUUUAACAUGUUGCCAAUUCCACUUUGUUGUUUAUAAAUUUAAAUAAUUAACUUGUAACCAAAGUCAUUAACAUCAAUAAAUGGAUACCAGUAGGCAUUGGGUCUAUUAACAGUUGUUUGGCAAUUGUUAUUAACAUUCCAGUGUUAUACAUGUUUCAUUUCACUUUUAUUUUUGGAGACUGAUGCAAGAAAAAAACAUCUGAGGAUGGAACAAAACUUAAAAAGAACUGUCCACAACAGCUUUAAAAGAAAAAGAAGUGGUCCUGUGAGUUGCCUCAGUCCUGUCUGGAAUUUGGCUGUGUAUUUUCACUUCACACUAACAUUGUGGGAUGUUUUUAGUUAAAUUUGUUUUGGUGCAUUUUGUAAAACCUAAAGCACAAAUGUGUUCAGUUCUCUUCUCACUCUGUUAUAAAGCAUCUUUUCAGCAUUGUAAACUGUUUACAUGGUUAGAAGUUCAGUGAAUAAACCACCUCAGCCAGCAGAGACGGAACUGGUUGACAAGGUCACUGCAUAACCAAACCCUGACCUCUGUCAAGCAUUCUGGUUGAAGCUCACCACAAUGACUCAGCACAAUGUCAACCAAUCUGAUUAAAUCAUCCAUCCUCCUUGCCCUGACCCUAAAGAAAGCUGGCUGUGGGAGAUCCAGCCCAAGAUUACAUUAAACACAUUUGUACUUUG